UUGCCUGUUGACAAGUUCAGCCCAAAUGACUUCCAAAGAAUCAGUGGAAAAACACCUAAAAAGAAAACCGAAGCCGCUCAACUCCAUCAUCGAAAAUGGGGACAAAGACGACUUUUUUGCAGGUUUGGACAUUGAAAAGCCCGAGACUUUGUCGCCAAUGGAGAUGGAGCUGCGGAUCCAAGCUGAUCGUGUGAUGUUCUCCCUGAACAAAGCUGUAGCGAUGUUGAGCGUAAUGGCCCAUAUGCCAUUGCUGAUGGAAAACGACUCAAAGAUCCUGCGGGAGAACUUUUCGGAGGAAGAAAUGGGUUUCAUCAACUACGCGCUGAAAUCCUACGAGGAAAAGACUGGCGCCGAAACUCCACGUUGUGUGGGCGAUUUAUAUGAGACCAUCAAUAGAGUUAAACUGAGCAGAGUUCGCUCCCGGAUAUCAGAAGACGUUGUGGUGGACGCCAACUUGUCCCAAGUAAUCCACAUGAUCUUCACCAAUAAGUGCAUUCGACAGGAGAUUAGCAAUGCCGACAAUCCCGUCACCAUCCCUUACGUGGUGCGAUUUAUUCGCGACUUUGAGGAGCUGAAGGAGAUGGCCAAAAUCAAGCUGUACGUCACUGGAACAGAGGAGGAGGCGCGAGACAAACAAUUGAGGCAGGCCUACAAGUCAAAUGUAAUGUUAAUCGCGGCCAUCCAAGAUCUGGAACAGCAGCUUAAGACGCAACGCGAACAGCUGGGCAACGAGCUGAAUAAGAAAGUGGAGAUUUUCGAAAAAUACAACAAGAAAAUCGCGGACAUCAAAGAGGAGUUCCAAAUUAGCAUUGAGAAGAACAUCCAUGAGUCCGAGCGCAAAAUGAUGCAACAGUGCCUGGAGAGUGAGGAGAAGCAGGCGGCUCUAUCAGCUGAAGCCGAAGCGAUAACCGCUCAAUACCAAAAGCUUCUAGAGGACGAUUUAGACGAUGAGAAGAAGCUGAGGGCCAAAACGAUGAAAACUGAGACUCAGCUUCAGAACUGGCUGACCAAGUACGACCAGGACAUUGGGGAAAAACAGGCGGAAUAUGAAGAACUCAAAGCGCAAUUCGAUAGCGAAAAGGAGGCGAUGGAUGACUUGGAGAACAAAAUGGAAGAACAGGAUCGGCUGUACAGCACCCUAAUGGCGGAGAAGGAAGAAGAGGAGGAGCGACUGUUCCAGGAAAUCGCCUAUAAAAUGCUGAUCAAUCGGUCGGCUCGUGUUAUCCAAAGGGCUUGGAGGGCUUUUAGGGAAAGGAAGCACAAGCGACGGGGGAAGAAAGGCAAAAAGGGAAAGGAUGGCAAGAAGUCUCAAAAGAAGAAAUAACCGACUGAACUUUUAAAUGCAUUUAUUAAUAUAAACAACAUAUUAAAAUUCUGUCAUACAAUCGUA